GGGAGGUGAGAGAUUAGAGAGGGGCGCCGGAAGUGUCUCUGUGCCGGUGGCUAGCGAGCAGGGGAGAGGAGCUGGACGCUGAGCGGAAGCCGCUGUCGCGUUAGCCGUGCGUGGGUUCAGCUGCUACUUCAAUCUGCCACAAUGGGUGAACCUCAGCAAGUGAGUGCCCUUCCUCCUCCUCCAAUGCAGUAUAUUAAAGAAUAUACAGAUGAAAAUAUUCGGAAAGGUGUGGCCCCUAAGCCUCCUCCACCUAUUAAAGAUAGCUACAUGAUGUUUGGGAACCAGUUCCAGUGUGAUGACCUCAUUAUUCGACCCUUGGAAAGCCAAGGCAUUGACCGUUUGCAUCCCAUGCAGUUUGACCAUAAGAAGGAACUGAGGAAACUCAACAUGUCUAUCUUGGUCAAUUUCUUGGACCUCUUGGAUAUAUUGAUAAGGAGCCCUGGCAAUAUAAAACGGGAGGAGAAGCUGGAAGACUUAAAACUGCUGUUUGUUCACGUGCAUCAUCUGAUAAAUGAAUAUCGGCCUCACCAAGCCAGAGAAACACUGAGAGUCAUGAUGGAAGUGCAAAAACGUCAGCGUCUGGAGACAGCAGAGAGAUUCCAAAAACAUUUAGAGCGUGUUGGUGAAAUGAUCCAGAACUGCCUGGCCUCUUUACCUGAUGAUCUGCCCCAUUCAGAUGGAGGGAUGAGAAUAAAAACUGAACCCAUGGACACAGAGGACAACAACAGCAGUUGCACUGGGCAGAAAGAGCAGCAGAGAGCAAGCUCCAGCAUCAAGAAGGAUCAGGUUCUGGAUAAAGAUGCUUCCAUGUGCAUGAUUAUUGAUGAAAUGACAUGAAAAGUAGGGAUUGAUGUUCCUUUUAUGUCACUGUAGUAAGACUUUGAGAGUAAGACUGAAACUGAUGCUAAUGAUUUUGAUUUUUUUUCCUUCUAUGCUGCCUUUUUAUAGCAAUAAGCAAUCAUGGAACACAGUCUGUAAGAGACAAUAAACCCAAAUGAUGUUUUUGUAGCUUUUCAAUAUGUGCUUUGUUUUUUUAAAAUUUGGCUUUAAAGAAAAGAAAAAGUGUAAUUGCUUAUUGUUCUACUGGGGAAAAAUUGCGGUGUGUCCAUUGUUCAGUGGUUCUGAAGCAUCACUGGUCAUUCCUCUGCUUUCAUUGUUGCUCAUUUUACUCAUGCAUGUGGGAAGUGCUUUAAUGAAUUUGGAACUUAGCUGAUGUUUCUUUGUUUUAAGCAAGGUCAAAACAGACUUGCAAUAUUGCAGAAGUUAUAUCUGUAUAUAUAUACUUAUGCAUAAUUGCAGCAAUGGAUCUGUAAUUUCAGUUAUAGAGCAGCCAAGUAUGUGUUCUAUGGAUUUGGGUACAUGAGCUGGCAGCAACAGUGCUUCAGUCACAUAUGAAGAUUUUGGUGUUUAUGUUGAACUGUUUAUUUAUAAAUUAAAUAUUGGUUGGUUGUUGACAGGAGGGUAUUUAAAAAUUAAUUCUAUUUUGAUGCAAAUCUGUCUUGAGUGCUUAGUGUGUUUUCACACCAAUCUAGCUUGGCCUCUUACAAGAUGACCAUCUACAUAUAAUCAACCCACUCCUGUUGUGUGAAGAAGCAUCUGCUGUACUGCUUACCUUGGGAACAAGAAAAUUGACUUAAUACAUUUAUGAUGCAACCCUAUGGAGUGUUACUCCAGACCAGGCCCACUGCUUUCAUUAUGCUUACUAGCAAAUGACAUAGGGUUGCACUGUUAACGGCAGAAUUUGGCAGUAAAACCAGACAAAAGUGAGUGGAAUGUUAUAGUUUUGCUUUUGAGUCAGCAGUGAUCUAAUGGAAAUGUUGCUUUACUGAAGUUGCUACUGUUAAUUUUCCUGUGCCCAGGCAGAUUUUUUUAAAAAAAAUCCUUUAAGAUCAUAACACUUUUUGACAGCUAUACCUAUGAUGUAUGUGUUUUUUACAUGAAAGGCUUAAAACUGGGUUUGAUUGGAAAGGCUUUGUGUUAAUAUAAGUGCAUUAAAUUUCUACAAACUUCA